UCCAGGCCCUCUGAAGCUGUCAUGCUGGAUGUACCAGAAGCACAAGAAAAAAUCUGGACUACCAAACCUGAUAAAACAAAUCACUUACCUGAGACUCCAGAAGAAAACCUAGAAGAUCUCCUGUCCUAUGAUGAUGUUUUCUGGGAUUAUUUCAAUCAUUUUCUUAAGGCACCGGUUUUCCCAAUUGGUUUAUCUUAUAACCGUUUAACAGGAGCUUUUGAGGACAGCCAACCAAAUAUUAAUGAAAAUGGUUCUACAGAAACACCCUUGUCUCAGUAUGGAGCUACAUCAGAAGAAUGUGAGAGGAUGCUUUCAUGGGCACAAUACAGAAGACUACCACUUUUUAUAAGGUCUGAACUCUUUAGAGAAAUGAAGCUCUGUAAGCAAAUAUUACGGCCUUUGGAUGAGCAGCGAGUGGGAGAUAGCCAAGAAUCAAGCCAACUUAUUCGAGGUUACAGUCGGCAAACUGGAAGUUGUGUUUCCAGUCUUAGUAAUGGCGCUUCUUCCACUUUUAUUGAAAGUCAAGAACCAAACUAUUCUUGGAUAAAUUUAACAUAUUCUGCUCCGCAACCACAAAGAACAUAUUUUUCUCAGACUGCAUCAGAACCAACUAGUGGAGUUAUUGUUGAUGAUGGAUACCUCACUUCCUGCACACAGAAAGACAGUGAUAUAUUAAUAGUUGAAAGUAAGACCCCUAAAUCUACCAAUAACUUUGGUAAAGAAAGCAUACCUCAAAAUUCCUCUUCUCUUCCAAAACAAUCAGAAACCAAAGAUGUAGCAACUGGAGACCCAACGAGCCUUCCUCAGUCAUCAUUCUCAGUAUUAACACCCAAAUCACAGACAAAGAUACGGGAGGUAACGUUUUCUAGGGAAAACACAAUGCUGUCCUAUAAGUGCGAUUCUCAAGAGAAGAAUGAAGUUAUUAAACAUCCAAAUGGUGGCAUUUGUCCAACACCUCAAAGAAACGAUGUUUCUCACCAUUUUUUCAGAACAUCAUCAGCACCAGUCUGCUAUAGGGACUUGCUCAGGGUCAAUUGGUACAAUCAGUUUGAUGAAAUAUUUGGCAAUAGCACACCUGCAAAUGAAUAUUCUGCUCAACCUUUCAUUGAUUUUAACAAUGGUACCAGUAAUGAUACCACAACAGAUGUUGAUAUUCAUAAUAUGGAAACUCGCCUACAAAUGACACUCCAUGAUGUGAAAAGACACAUUAUGGGAUCGCACAGAGGAAUGAAAGCAUUUAAGCAGUUCUUGACACACACUGCUGGUAUACACUUAUAUAAUUUCUGGCUUGAUUGUGAAGAAUUUAAGGACACAAUGGAAGAGUACAUUGACAGUGUGAACAUUCAAAAAAGAAACCAGCUGUUCAGAGAUAUUCAAGAUAAAUACAAGAUGAGUCUGACAAAAGAAGCUAAGGACCAAAUUCAAAAGUCUGUAAAUAAUGUGAGUCUGAGUCAUACAAUUUUUGUCCAGACUCAAUAUGAUGUCUUGCGAAGACUUCGAACAUAUUGGAUCCCUCGUUACUUUUUACAUCUUGAAAGGAACAGUAAAUUACUAAAUUCCAGUUUACCUCAAAGUCACUACAAUGAACCAGAGUGGUUAACGAAAGACGAACAGUAUGGCCUUCUUCCAUUUCCUUCAGUGUCUGCAGAACAAUUCCAAAAACAUAGUGAACUUCAGGGCAAUCAUAAUCCUGUUCAGUCAUCUGAAAUUUCCAAGGAAGCUAAGUGUAACCUGUCAGCCAAUUUGAGAGACAGCAACAAUGCUUUUCUAGUUGCUUUGACCAAUGAUAAAAGAUAUGGUGGACCAUUUGAGUUCUCUCUAAAACUGAAAAAUGACAAAGAUUCUUUGAAAAGUCUGUAUUUCUGGCAAGCUGUUACCCAAUAUGGCUGCAAAAUGAAUGAAUCUGUUGAUCGCCAUCUUUGUCUUGAACAUGCUUGGGACAUCUACCACAAUUUUAUUGCAGAUGCAAACAGUAAUGGCUUUGACUUAUGCAAAGAAGAAAAAGAAAUUAUUUUCAAUGUACUGCAGAAUACUCAGGGCUAUGUACCAGCUGAGAUUUUUAACCCUGUUAAAGAACAUGUGGUGCGAAAACUAGAAACUGUUUGGAUAGAACAUUUACAGGAUGAUCUGAAGAGUUAUUUUAAGUGCCAUAUUCGAUCUCAGCUUCCUGAAAAAGACAACACAAUUCAAGUUUCACUCAUAGAUGGUAAACUUGUCAUCAAGCAUCCAAAAUCUAGAAAUGAAACAAAGACUUCUCAAAUUGACACCCUCAAACAACAGCCGUUGAGGUUCCUGAAUGAUCCUGAAAGUAAAGAGGCAUGGAUAGAAGAUCGUAAAAUGAGAGAGAGGGAACGCAAGAAAUCUGUACGUGCCUCACUACGUAGAAGAGAAGAACUCAAGAGAGCAGCAUUGAAAUCUUCCCAUCUCAAAGAAAAUGCUCAUGAUUUUGUUAAUAGCAAUGACUAUUCUCUGAGUAUUCCUUGUCUUAAAGAUUUUGUAUAUAACAAAGUAAUAAUGGCGGCAUUCAAGAAAUUUGUGAAGGGUGUCCAAGAUGGGGAUCAAGUGGUUUCUAUUGUUAAAUUAUAUGCAGACAUUGAAAAUUUAAAGACCCUCAUAGAUUCUGGCAGCUCAAAACAGACGAUUACUGACAUGAAGAUUGACUUGGUGAACAAUAUAAAAGACGCUUGUCUCGGUGAAAACAAGUUAAUCAGUGUGAACACCGUCUUUAAGAAUGGUGAAGUACAGCUAAUGGUUGGUGAAGACAUUAAUACUUUGGAUUUAAGUACUCUGGAUAGACUUGAGAAAAAUAUUUCGGGGAAGGUGGAAGAUGCUUUUCACAGCUUUUUAAUGGUUCGGUGUGAUGAAUGUGGUAUUGGUGAGAUAGAACUUUCGCAACUGAACAGAACAGACAUUAUUGCUUUAUUGACAAAGAAAGAAAGAGAGACAUUUACUAGCCAAAUGACCAGAAAGACAACUGUACAACGAAAGAAAAUAAAGUCCAUUGCAUAUGUUAUACCAAACAAAGAAGAGCAAGAAGAAUUACUGACUGCUCUUCAGCAAUGUUCUAUUGGUCAGAUGAGUGUUCAACUGAUCUACUUCCAUAUCUAUCUCACCAAACAUGUGGAUGAAGAUAUUUUGCCUUAUGUUGACAAAGAUCUGUUUUUUUACAUCGAUGUUCUACGGUUAAAGGAAGCAUACAAAUAUGCAAAUAAUGAGAGGCUACUGAGAAAGAAGACGCUGAACAUACUGGAAUUCUAUCUAGAAUCUAAAACACCACCAACUGUUUGUAUUGAUAUUCCUAAUGACAUGUACCAAAGAACAGUACUGGCAGCUCACAAUUUUCUAAGUGAGAAACAAACAAGUUGCAACAUAUUUGAUGAAGCUCAGGCUCAUAUAUUUAAAGAAUUGGUAAUGUUUUGGGUAAACUUUCGGCGAACAACUGACCCUGCUGAGGUUCAAGAGGAGAGCAAACACCAGGAGACCAUAACACAUCACAGCUCAGUCCAAACAGAAUCACCUUUUGCCAAAGAAAUAAUUCUCCCAUCUGUACCCAAAGGAACAGUAAGGGUUCUCAGUUAUAGUUUAGCUGAAGGAGUUAAAUGGCGGCCAAUAUCAUCAAUACAUCCAUUUUUGCCAAUGGAGAUUCCUCAAAGGAAAAGCAUUAAUUUUGAGAACUGCAUUCAUUCAUAGUUCUGUAUUGUUGAUUACUUAAUUCAGCUGAUUUACAUAACUUAUGGAACAUCCAAAGGGACAGGAUAUUUGUAGAGAGCUGUUAAAAUACUUCAAAACUAUUCUUGCAACUCAUAUACAGUAGAAACAUUCUGCAUUUGGAGAACCAAGCAUGGCUUACAUCUUUCAAAAAUAAAUCAGUGCAACUGAGGCUAUAAUAAAAUGAACCUCUAAAGAUCUAAAUAAAUGCUUCUGAUUAAGCACGAAGCCUAUUUGUUGCUAGCAGAGAAGAAUCUGUGUAGUCAACUGAAUUGAUUUCAGUAUAUCACUGAUGUUACUGACAUUGAACAGCUCAGACGGAUGAAAUAAUUAAACUUUGAUAUAUAUAUUGUAUGUAUAUAUAUAUAUAUAUAUAUAUAUAUAUAUAUAUAUAUAUAUAUAUGUAUAUAUAUAUAUAUAUACAUACAGUGUGCAUGAGUGUGCGUGUGUAUGAAUAGGGUGUACGUAUGUAUUUACAUUAAACUGUCACAAGUCGUAAAAUACAACAACUGUAAAAUCUGUAACAAACAAAACAAACAAAUAAACAUUUGCUAUA